UAAAUGUUGACAAACAAAGCAGAUUAAAGUAUUUCUUUGAGAAAGUUAAGAUUGGAGAUUUGAUUCUAGGAACUAUCGUGAGCAAGACUCAAUCAGGAAUGAUGUUAAAAGUGCUGUGUACUGUUAGUAAGGGGAACAGUACUCGUUAUGUUGCUGACAUAAAUGUAAAGGCUUUCUGCUCUGUUGCAAAUGUUAUUCCUGCAGUUGAUCGAAAAGGUGUAACACGCAGUUACAUGAUGAAUGAUUCAGUUUGCUGUGAAGUAUUAGAAGUUAUUCCAGACACUGAUAAGAUGGUCUGUGGUAUGAAAGGCACCACACGACAACCAAACGAUCCUGAAUUUCGACCAUCCUUGGGCUUAAUUAGUACAGAUGAUUUCCCUAUUUCAUACAAGUUGCUACAUGCAAGAUUUAAUAAAGAGUUUAUACAAUUUAUGUUACGGAGUAAGCAUUAUAUAUAAUAAAAAUAGUGUUCGUCCAGUCAAAACCCAUUGAUAAAAGUACGAAUUAAAUGUUAUUGUAUCGCACAAACACAAGUGUUUAAGCACAACUUUGCACAACUGUGCUGUUUGAUGAUGAUCCAUGAUCAGCAGGUGAGACUUAAAAAACACUUUUUAGCUUAUCCGUUCGUCUUGAGGAUGAAAAAGGCGCAGGAUGAUGCAAACGUAAUAUCAUCUGAUAUUAAAAUAAAUUUUUAGCAGAACUAUUUCAAAAUGUCCUGCUUCUUGUGUGUGUUGCCACAGUUUUAAAUUCGUUAACAAAUCAAAUAACUAUUCAAAAACUAAUAAAAAUAAAAAUCACCAUCCGUCCUUCUGUCUGUAGACGAUAAAUACCUACCUACCUAUGAUUCUAAAAAAAUUAGAAACGUAUAAAAUGGAGUUUUACGGCGUAUUGAAAAAAUAUUUUCCCAGUGACGAUUUUUUAUAAUAGUAAAAAGGAUUUCUGCCCCCUACUACUUUUGUUUUGGUACGUAUUUUUUGUUAAUAGGUUUUUAACAUAAUACUUGAUAUUUUACUUUAUUUGGGUGAAGAGUUUUUCUUUUACUAUUGUAUACAAAUUGUUGUUGUGUAUUCAUUUGUGAGUCUGGUGUGAUGAAAAUUACGGUAUUAUGGAAAUCUACAGUUCAAUUGAUAAUUAACAGAGUAGUAGAAAAAAUGUAGUUUCUAUAAUCCCAUAAUUUUCACUCAAAUUGUUUAAAUUUCAUUUAACUGAUUUUGUGGAAAUAAAGAAUGGGAGGAUAUCGUUAAUCAUGAGAAGAAGAGGAAUAUAAAUAUGAGAAAAUAUGUAAAAAGAACUAA